AUGGAUUGUAAUGUUCGAAGAACUGCACUUAAAAAAGCAUUGACUCUUAGUUUUAAUACAAAUGAUAACGAAAUAUUGGCAAAAUCGAAGGAAACAUGGAGAAAAUCAAUAAAACGUAAACUAAAAUCACAAAAAGGACGAAUCUUUAAUGCUAUUGGAUAUAAAUUAUCAUCAAAAGAAGAUUUCAUACAAUUAAGUCCUCGAGAAUUUCAUGGUAUUAUUACUACCUGUGAAGCCAUUAUUGAGUCAAAGCAUUUAAAGUGUUCAAAGGAAUUGAUAAAUGAGGCAGGAGCGAUUCUGAAAUCUUCUUGUGGUUCAUUUACGUUAUCAUCCAUUUUGGACGUUGACAAAGUUUUUUAUCUAAAAGACUUGGCAAACAAAAGCACACUCUCUCUUUUACGUUUUAUAGAUUUAUUUCCCGAAUAUCAGCCAGAAAUUUUGAAUAUAUUUAUUGAAUAUAUUGAAGAGGUUUUAACAAGUUUGAAGAAUUGCAUAGAUUCUUUUUUAAUAUUUGAGAUGCAAGCACCAUUCACAUCAUUGUUUGGUUUUCUUAAAGGAUUCAAAAUGUCAAAAUUUCCCCAAUUAGAUUUAGAAUUUACUACUAUGUUUGAAGCUUUAAAAUAUUUACUUUCAGAAGAUUUUUUGGCUAAAAUGUUAAAUCUAAUAACGAAAGUUGAAAAUGAACAACAAAAUCAAAAUUUACCAUUUUUAGCCAAACAACAAUCUAAUGAUAUAGUGUUAGGAAAACAAAUAGUAGGAAAUGAUUCAUUAAAUUGGGAAGAAAUUCUUACGGAUAAUAUUUUGAAUUUUGAAAAUGUUCUUCAAUCUUCUGUAAUCGUUUCUAUAAUCCAGUGUUUGAAAGGGGUUAUUAAAUAUCUUAAUUCAUUUCCUAGAUCUAAUGUCGUUGAAUCAAAUACAUUUCAAAAAUUAUUUUCAUAUUCAUUAAGAACAACAUGUCUUUGUUGUAUUGUUCUUAAAGAUUUUUCAUUAAUGUCAAAAUGGUUUGAUGAGCUUUUAAAAUUAUCAUAUGAGGGUUUUGGAAUUAUUUACACUAUUGCGAUUCAAGAUGUUUUCGCGGCAAUUGCUGUCCAUUUUCCAGAUAAUGCUAGUGUUAUUAUUCAAUAUUUUCGAAUACAUAUUCUCUAUUUUUCAGAAUCUAAUUCUAAUUUCCAGUACAAUGAAGAUCUUACUGCAUUGACAUCAAGAAGACUUACAUAUGUUCUUAAACACUCAUCGCAAGAUGCAAUUAUUACUACAAUAUACUCUUUAACUAAUUCUAUUUCAUCAAGUAUUCCAACAGCACCAUCUGCAGAUUUACUUGUUCAUUUGGAUGAACGGACAAUUAGAAGCAAUAUGUCUUUAAUAUUUAAAUCAGAUAUUCAAAAGCGUAUUGUUCAUUAUAAAAUCAUUGAUGUCAUUACUCAAAUAGCAAUUAUGAUGCCUGAUGAAAAGAUAGCUGCGUUAUCUAUAUCAAUUCUUGUACAAAAGUAUGGUAAAAUAGAUAACGAAGUUGAUAAAAUUAUUUUAGAAAAGCUUGCGAAUGUGACUAAAACAAAAUCAGAAAAAAAUGUUAUGAGUAUAAUCAAAUUUUAUUCUCGGGUUGCAGAAGGACUCAAUGGUCAUGAACUAAACAUUGUUUUAGAUGUGUUUCGAUCAUCUCUUACAAAUAUAUCUUCAAAUAUAGAAAAAAAAUCAGAAUUAUUAACAUUUUACCUUAAUAAUUUGUUAAAUAUUAUAAUAGGAUUUGAUAAAGUUUCAGAGAAACAAAAUGAAACAGGAAAAAAGCAUCAAAAUAAAGAUUUAAAGAGCAUUCAAAAUAACAUUCUUAGUAUUUUAUGUCCCCUAGCAACACUUCUUCAGAAAUUUGAUGAUGAGCCUUCUUUUGAUUCAGAAACAAUUCUUCUUUUUUGUAAUAUGUGGUUUACUCUUGUUUUAUGUGGAUUUAUUGCAGGAUCAGCACUGAUUAAUGAAAAUAUUGAGUUAUUAAAAAUAAUUGCAAGAUACUCUCCUCCAUUAGUAUUAGAUAAUGUUACUACUCAUUUUGAGAAUGAUUUAGAGUUGAAUACUAUUUUAAGAAGAGGGUGUUCUCAAAAAGAAUUAAAUUCUUUAAGAGAGUCUCUUUCAAAAGCAUUACCUUCAUGUGCAAGCGAGAUUAAAUCUGCAUCUUACUCGAAAACUGUAUAUUUAUCAUCAGUGUUUCUUUUAGAGAUUUUACGAAGUAAUGCUGGGAUUUGUUCAUAUACAUUUGCUUAUUUAAAAAAUACAAAUAUUAAAGAAAGUGACAUUGCAACAUGUAUAUCAGCAAUAGCUCAUUCUGCAACUAAUGUUUUUAUUUUAUCGUUUGUUUUAAGUUCUAAAGGACCAGAAAGUUCUGUAUUGCUUUCAAAAGAAAUGAAAAGAUUGAUUCUUAGUUGCUCUUACAAAAUAAAACAACCACGUGAAUUGGCCUUAAAAUGUUGUGAUAAGGUUGUCUCUUCAAUGCCAUCAGUUUUAUGUUCUCAAUCGGUUCUUUAUACAUUACUUGAAUCAUUAUCGUUAUUGUGGUAUAGCUGUGCAAAUCAAUAUUUAUCUGAAUAUACACCUCAAUAUACUUUUUCAUCUUCACGUGGAAAUCUCUCUUUAGAGUUUUCGGAUUCUUACACUGAAAGAAAAUUGAUUCUUCGUGAUUUGUUAACAUAUACAAAAAAGUGGCUUUUACUUACUUUACAAAUUAGCCCUUUGGAUCUUAAAUCACUUUUACAUACAUAUCUUUCUGAUUUUGAUGAUUCAAAUUUAACUGGUAAUAUUUCUUUAGGAAGAACAGUAGCAUUAGAUAUUGGCGGUUCAUUGUCUUAUAUAGAUAAAAAAAUGUUUGGAGAUCUUUUGACAAAUAUUUCGUCAGAAUUUAUCUCAGAAUAUACUGUUCGACAAUUAAAUAAAUUUCCUACUUCAAUAUUACAUCCAAUACGAAAUAAUGAUUUUACUCAUCAAAAUGAUUUUAAUGACUGUAGUUUUAUUUUCAGCGUAUUACAAAACAUGUCUCAGAUAGAAAAUAAUUUAAAAAAAAAAAAAAAACUCAAAAUAAAUGAACUGAGGGAUUCUUUACAAAAAGUUGCUACUUGUAUAAUUACUGGUACAGGAUACGAAAAAAUUCUAGCUCGCUUUAUUGUUAGAAUUCCGUUUAUGAUUUUGACUAUUCCUUCUAUAAAACUUGGGAUAUCUUUAUGGACAUGGAUAAUGACAGAACGGCCUUCUCUCCAAAUUCAACUUCUUACAGAAAUAUCAAGAAAUUUUGAAUGGACUAUUAGAAGAAGACAGGGCUUAUUUUCUAAUUCUAUUGAUCCAUUGAAUGCAUUUGCUAAACCUAUGGAAUAUCUUCCAACUGACAAAUCAAUAUAUGAUAAAGAACAUCAAAAUGCAUUUAAUUUAUUUACUCCUCAUCUAUUACUUACGAAUUUUCUUUCAAGUCAUUUACAAGCUUUUUAUAAAAACUUUAACGUAUUUGGUAUUAUUUCAUCUUUUUUUCGUUUUAUAAGUACUGCUAUAAUAAAUAAAAAAUCUAGUAAGCAUAUCUUAUCAAGAGAAUUACAUCUUCAUUUAUUUAAUCUUGGUUUUAAAAUAUUAAAAUUUAAAGAUGUCGAUGCUAUAACAUAUAUGAAAACAAAAAAAAUUUUAUAUUCAGCUAUUUUUACAUGGUUUUCACGAGCACCAAAAUGGACAUUUGGAGGAAAUAGAAUUCAGUUAGAAACAGAGUUAAAUCUUUUAGUUACUAUUCAAAAUGCUAUAGAAAAGGAUAAUAUCAUUGCAAAGUCAUCUUUUUAUGAUGAAUUUUUUGAUAAUGUUCAUGAAAAACAGCAAAAACUUUUAUAUCUUUUAAUUAGUCAUGAGAAAUAUCGUAUAUCAACUUGGCUUAAUGUUAGAAUGGUAGGUUUAUGUACAUAUAACUUAACUACUCUUUGGGCGAAUAUCUCAGAUGAACAAUGGAAAAUUUUUGUGGAUACAGCAUGGGACCAUGAUCCUGUUCUUGCGGUUAAUUUAUUAUAUAGAUUCAAAUCAAGAGGACUAUACAAAGUUUUAAGAGAUUUAGUUAUGGAAAAUCCUUUUAACGUGAUUGACUGUCCAAGUGCAUUGAAUAUUCUUUUUGAUAAUAAAUUUUUCAAUGAUAUUACUUUUCAGCUGAAAUAUCUUGAGUUUUGGGCACCAAUUGUUCCUCUUACAGCUAUUACAUAUUUUCUUCCUAUUUAUAGUAAUAAUGGGUUUAUUUUGCAAUACGCAUCGAGAGUUUUAGAACAUUAUUCAUUAGACGUUAUAUUUUUUUAUGUACCAGAACUUGUUCAAGCACUUCGAUAUGAUACACUGGGUUAUAUCGAACAAUUUAUUGUAGAAACUAGUAUGCUUUCACAAUUGUUUGCUCACCAAAUGAUAUGGAAUAUAAAGGCUAAUACUUACAAAGAUGAGGAAGCAUCAGAGCCUGAUUCUAUAAAAUCUGUAUUAGAUAAUGUUAUGGAGCGUAUAAUAUCAGGUUUUACUGAAGAAAAUAAAGCAUUUUAUGAGCGAGAAUUUAACUUUUUUGAUGAAGUUACAUCUAUUUCUGGAAAAUUAAAACCAUAUAUUAAAAAGUCUAAACUCGAAAAAAAAGAAAAAAUAGAUCUAGAAGUCUCAAAAAUCAAAGUAGAAUCAAAUGUUUAUCUUCCGAGUAAUCCUGAAGAUAUCGUUAUUGGUAUUGAUAGGAAAUCAGGAAAACCUUUACAGAGUCACGCUAAAGCACCUUUUAUUCUAACUUUUAGAAUAAAAGUAAAAAAAGAAAGACAUAUAAAUUUUCAAGAAAGUAUUCCAAAUGAAGAUUCUGAUAGCAGUUUAAAUAAAGAAAUUACACAAGAAUUCUGGAAGUCAUCUAUAUUUAAAGUCGGUGAUGAUUGUCGUCAAGAUGUUCUUGCUCUUCAAUUGAUUUCAAUGUUUAGAAAUAUAUUUAAUGAUAUUGGUUUAAGUUUAUAUGUUUUUCCAUAUAGAGUCACAGCUACUGCGCCCGGGUGUGGAAUUAUAGAUGUAUUACCAGAUAGUAUUUCUCGUGAUAUGCUUGGCCGCGAAGCAGUUAACGGGUUAUAUGAAUAUUUUAUAACAAAAUAUGGCGACGAAAACUCUAUUGAGUUUCAAAAAGCUAGAAACAAUUUUGUUCAAAGUAUGGCAGCAUAUUCAGUUAUAACAUAUAUUUUACAAAUAAAAGAUCGUCAUAAUGGUAAUAUUAUGAUUGAUAAUGAAGGACAUAUAGUGCAUAUUGAUUUUGGUUUUCUUCUUGAUAUAGCACCUGGAGGAAUUACUUUUGAAUCUGCUCCAUUUAAAUUAACUAGGGAAAUGAUUGCUGUAAUGGGUGGGAAUCAAAAAACCCAGUCGUUUAUUUGGUUUCAAGAAUUAUGUAUUAAAGCUUUUUUUGCGUGUAGACCAUAUGCAGAAAAUAUAAUUGAAUGUGUAACUCUCAUGUUAGAUUCUGGGCUUCCGUGUUUUAAAGGAGCUACAACUAUUAAUAAUCUUCGAAGCCGUUUUCAUUUAGAUUUGGAAGAUCAUGAAGUAGCACGAACAGUAAUAAAACUUAUUAAUAGUAGUUAUGAAAAUAGACGAACAGUUAUAUACGAUCAAUUUCAAUCAAUUACCAAUGGUAAUUUAACUUUGUUUUUAAAAUAG